UUGCUGUGCGCGGAUUUCCAAUGAAUCGCUUUUUACGUUAUUGUAUAGGAGGAAUAGUGGGGGAUUGGAAUCCCUCCAGGAGGAACCAAACAUUGUCAUUCAGCAGAAGACAACAAGGAUUGUUGAUUCAACACACUAACUUUUGCUGGUACUUGAAGGCAAGGCAAGUAAGCACCUGCGAAUCCCUAAAGUCAAAUAGUCGGCUGCAGGGAGAGACAGGCUUAGUAGGAAAACUACAACUCCCAGCAUGCCUUGGAGGGGCGGGCCUGGCGGCUGCGCAGACAGGCGCGCGCGGGCCGUCAUGGGACUGCAGCAUGGCGGUGUUUGCAGACUUGGACCUGCGAGCGGGUUCGGACCUCAAGGCUCUGCGCGGACUCGUGGAGACCGCUGCUCACCUUGGCUAUUCAGUUGUUGCUAUCAAUCAUGUUAUUGACUUUAAGGAAAAGAAACAGGAAAUUGAAAAACCAAUAGCUGUUUCUGAACUUUUCACAACUUUGCCAGUUGUACAGGGAAAAUCAAGACCAAUUAAAAUUUUAACUAGAUUGACGAUUAUUGUUUCGGAUCCAUCACACUGCAAUGUUUUGAGAGCAACUUCUUCAAGGGUCCGGCUCUAUGAUAUUGUUGCAGUUUUUCCAAAGACAGAAAAACUUUUUCAUGUUGCUUGCACACAUUUAGAUGUGGAUUUAGUCUGUAUAACUGUAACAGAGAAGCUACCAUUUUACUUCAAAAGACCACCUAUUAAUGUGGCAAUUGACCGAGGCCUGGGCUUUGAACUUGUCUAUAGCCCUGCUAUCAAAGACUCCACAAUGAGAAGGUACACAAUUUCCAAUGCCCUCAAUUUGAUGCAGGUCUGCAAAGGAAAGAAUGUAAUUAUAUCUAGUGCUGCAGAAAGGUCUUUAGAAAUAAGGGGACCAUACGAUGUGGCAAACUUAGGGUUGCUGUUUGGGCUGUCUGAGAGUGAUGCCAAGGCUGCGGUGUCCACCAACUGCAGAGCAGCACUUCUCCACGGAGAAACUAGAAAAACUGCUUUUGGAAUAAUUUCUACAGUGAAGAAACCUCGGCCAUCAGAAGGGGAUGAUGAUUCUCUUCCAGCUUGCAAGAAAGCCAAGUGUGAGGGCUGAAAGGAGUGCCCCAGUCGCUGUCAGCGUUCCCUUCUUCUCUUUUAUAGUUCAUCAGACACAACAAAAAUAAAACCUUCGAGUAUUUUACUGUUUUCAUUUGGAGGUAGAAAUUGAUAGUCUAUAAAAAGUGUUAUAUUCAAGCCAUUAAAACAACAAACAAAACCUAGUGAAGCAUUAAAAAAACAAGGCUGCCAGUUAAUGAAUUUAGAUCUACUUUAAGAGAAAAACAGAGACUCUUUCUCCUUUGUGUAAGUGAUAAAUAACAGCAGGUAUACUUGAAUAAGAUGUUUCAAUGUUUUAAGAGAUUCUUCAAAAAUGUUUCUUGUUCAUUUAAAAACUCAUACUUUUCUACUUUAUAUACAUGGCUUAUUUUUUAAUCUUACUACUCAAAGUAGCUAUCUGGGUAACUCUUAAAACUGAUGUUGGGGGGUGA